AGCAGCCACAGUCACACAGAGGACAGAAGCAGUGAAGGCUUGAAGGGAAGUGCUGUUUGUUUUUUCUUCAGGAGAAUGGCUCUUCUAACCACAAGCAUCCCUUCUAACUUGACCUCGUCGGCUGGAGAAGGAAACCAAACAAACACCAGUCAUUGCUCCCUUGGAUCUGACAACUGGACCUUCACCUAUGUCCCAGUUUAUGUCAUGGUCAUAUCUGUGCUGGGAAUUGCCUUGAACAUCUUCGUGCUGAUGGUUUUCAUCUUCCACAAGAAGCCUUGCAGCGUACCUGAGAUCUACUUGAGCAACUUGGCAGCUGCUGACCUGCUUCUGGUCUCCUUUUUGCCCUUCUGGGCUGUCAGCGCUUGGAAACAGUUUGAAUGGAUUUUUGGUUCUGCCUUGUGCAAAAUGGUCAACGUGGGCAUUCUGAUGAACGUCUACUGCAGCAUCUACUUCCUGGUUUUGGUCAGCAUAGACCGGUAUUUGGCUCUGGUCUAUCCACUGUCCCAUAAAACAAUACGCCGGCCAAAAUUUGCUAAAAUCGGUUGUCUCCUGGUUUGGAUUCUGGGAUUUGUUCUUAGUGUUCCUAAACUUAUCAACAGGGAAUUGGUACCUCAUGAUAACAUUAUCAAAUGUGGUGAAAAAGAUGAAACUAUUUCUGACACAUGUGAGUACAUGAUUUUGGUGCUUGCCUUCAUCAUUCCCGUUUCCAUUAUCACCUUCUGCACAAUCAAGAUUCUCCAAACUCUGAGAAGCAGGUUUAUGGAACGAGAAAAGACAAAGGACAAGGAUAAGAGGGCCACCUCUUUGGUCCUGGCCGUCCUGCUGGCGUUCCUGAUCUGUUGGCUUCCGUUUCAUCUGCUCAAGAUACCGUCCCGGCUCCAGAGUGCUCGUAUUCUGACAAGCUGUAGCUCUGAGAAAACCAUCUACUUCUGUAAGCAGAUCUUCCUCUACUUAGCCUUCUUCAACAGUGUUCUCAACCCCGUUCUUUACGUCAUUGCUGGGAAAAACUUCCGGAAGAAAGUUAAGGAGCUCUUCAAUCAUUGGAACCUCAAGCGGAAUUCAACCUUCAGCCUCACCUCCACAAGCACUAAACUAUCAAGAAGUGUUAAAUUCUAGUUAACGUUGAGCUGAUGUGCCGGCAGCCCACCAGUGAUUUUUAUAAUCCAGGUAUGGAAUCAAACAGUUUUAAGAUACAACCUUAAAGCUAUAGUGGGAUUUUCCACUUUUUUAUUGCCUUCUGCAUUGUGAAUAAAUUAGUUUGAUCAAGUAUGACAACCGAACCUUUGAAAUAAUCGCCUGUCAGUUUGGUAGCUGCCAAUCAUUUUUUUAGGAGUAGUAAUAAGAACCUAUUUAAAUGAGAAAAAUAGAAGGAAUUAAGGAAUACCUGACAGCUUGCAGCCAUGCAAGCAAGCACGGCACCAGCCUGAUAAAUACCUCUGCUGUGUUUUCUUUGCACUUUACAAGUCAAAAAGGUUCAGGCUAGGCUGGAGAAGAGUUUGACUUAACUUCUUCAGGAAGGCAAAAUCUAAAAACAGUUCAUCUAUUUAGCUGCAGUCUGAUCAUCCCCAAAUAAUUACAGCAAUGAAGCUACAUACUUUUGCUAAAUCUGGUAUAUUCUUUUGUCAGAGCUGAUGGACUAGAGAACAACAUGCAAACAACAACAGAUUGAGACAAGGAACCUAAUUAUAAAAACAAACAAUACCUUCGGAUGCACAGUAUAUACUCCGCCAAAAAAGAAACUAUCGCAUAAAAUACGUAAUUCAAAGCUUUACAUUAAAUCUUGAAGUCUGAGCGUGAAUAAAAAAUAAAAUAUGGUUGUGUUUAGUUUCCUUUAUUGCUGAGAUUGUUUUCUAUGAGCAGAACAUUAGCAAGGAAGGGAAAUUAGAAGAAAAGCUGCACGCUGCGACAGACUGGCGACCUGUCCAGGGUGUACACCGCCUCUCUCCCUUUGACAGCUGGAGAUAGGAACCAGCACCCCUUAUGCUAGGAAUAGACGUGUUAGAAAAUGGAUGGAUGCGACUUUGCAAGAUCAGGUGUUCAAAUUAUAGGUAAAUAUCUCAAAAAUGAUGCUACAGUCAUGUGAAAAACCCAAAUUUUCUGUUGAUCUAAGCCCGUAAUGUUUUGCCUCCAGGAGAGUUUCAAAGGGCUGUCCAGAUCGAGUCUACUAAAACCCAAACCCAAAAAUCCAGAGCAGGUUUUGUGAAGUUUUAUUUGGCAUGUAGCUGAGGGGCCUAUCCAGGAAUCCUGUAAGAACAAGCGGGUAUAGACAGACAUACAGUAUGUGCCAAAAGACCUGCUGAUUUUAACCUAAAUAUCUGUUGCAGGGGAAAACAGUAAGGGACAGACAUUCAAAAAAUGGGCACAGGGAGGAACACAAAGUAAUGCAAACGACAUGCAUAUGCAUGGAAUUAAAAUAAUUAUAAUUAGUUAAAAUAAGAGAGGUUAUGAUUGAAAGUUGUCUUGCAAUCCUUUAUCAUUGCACAAAAAUAUUAAGCAUAAAGUAUUUCAAGCAAAAACAAAAGUAAAGCAUUUUCUUGAUCUGUGAAAGAUAACAGCAGUGAAUAAAAGAACAGCAGGAAGGUACAAAACAUACAGUUUCAUGAUUCACAACAUUUGUGUUGCUCUGAUGAAAUGUACAAAUUUUCUUAAAGUCAUGAAGUUUGGAGAAAAGUAACAUGUCUUUGGUCUAAAUCUAUCUUAAUGUUUUCAACUUUUUUUGUAUUAGUUUCUCCCUGAUUGGCAGCCUUAUUCUUUCUGAUGUAUAUGUUUUUUUGUUUCUGUGUUUGAUGCAGAAAAUUGUAUCUGGAAAAAGCAUAAAUGUAUAUUUAUAUAUUGUUUGUAUAUCAUAAUGAGCAGAUCAACAGGAAUGAAGGGUGUGAUCCAUUCACUUCCAGAGCAGCUUUGUGUUGGACUUCCUGGUUCUAUCUUUCACCAUUUGACGGGAUUGGACUCCAGAUCCUGAAAACGUCUAUCCAACCAUGCAAACAACCAGAGCAAUUCGAAUAAAAACGCUUUCAGGGAAAACAAACACACACAAUUUUUUUUUUUUUUGCUACUCAGUUGAAUAGCAUUACCAAAUGUUUUAUAAUUGCAGAAGUAAUGGACUGAAAUGAAGAUAAUGGAAGCAAUCAACCAGAGAUGGAAGCAUGUUUUCUGUAACUGUGACAGCGUGUGUAAAGUUCUUAUUCAGCUUUUUAAUGGUUGGAUAUUUCAUGUGUAUUUGUAUGAUUUUUGUGAAUUUUGUUCUGUUUGUUAUCUAUAUAGAAUUGCUUUAUUGAGCAUUGAUGAGUGUAAAAGAAUAUUUCUGUUAAGCAUAAAAUGUAAGCAGCUUUCUGCAGCUCUUAGCACACAAGUGCAUCAGUUGUACUGCAGACUGUUUUCUCUUCAGUCACCUGUUUCACUCUCAUGGACUAUCUCUGCGGGCGGAAAAGCCACUUCCUUUAUUCUGAGGAAACUUUGGUGUAACAACCUUUAAAUAACAACUUGGUUCACGUAAAUUUUGCAACAUAGAAACUAGUGAUCUAUGCAGUUUAGGAGUGAUUAAGGUUUUGUAAAAACUGUUGUGUUUUUUAAUUUGUCUUUUUGUCGAAGGCUAAAUAAAGAAAGUAAAAUGACCCUGUUGCAAGAACUUUUAUCACUUUGGGUAUAUCCUUUUGUAAAGAAAAUCAUUUUUCUGAUGAAAUAGAGCAGCAAGGCAGAUGCAAAUAGGCUCCGCCUCUCAUCGUUCUUUAGAUAUGUUUUAGAAAUGUACUAAGUUUUAAGUCAAUAAACUUUAUAUCUUUAUACCCGUUA